UUACUUUCUUCCAUUGAUGUCGUCCAUUUCUUCUAACAUGUUACCAUUAGUUUAGGAUUCUUUUUUCGCAAACUUUUUCAUUUUUUUCUUAAUCUUUUACAAACGUAGGAGAAACCCUGAAUCUCCACUCAGAAUUCCUUCAUUGUCAGAAUCAUUAUUUUCUUGUAUUGUUAUCAUCAUCAGAUAAUUUUUCUGUUCAAUGUUGUGAUUUCUGUUUGGAUUUUCAUUGUUUCUUCUUUGUGAAGAUUCAGGGUCCGAAUUUUCCCUCUUUUGACAUUUUUUGCACCACAUCGUCUUGGGUGAAUUCAAAUUUUCGAUAGAACAACGAAGAAAUGACUUUUGUUGUCAGGUGAUUUUAGUCCCAAAGUUCGAGCACACGGUGGAGAGGAAAUCAUCAGGAAAUGUUAAACCCGAGGUUUUCAGAAUGAAUGUUGAGAAAGAAGAACAAGAAUUAUCUAUCAUCAUUUCAUCAUUAAUGGUUGAUGAUCAUCAAAAUUGGCUCUCUCAUACGUAUUCCCAAGGUUUUUGUGCGAGAUUAUGGGCUGUAUAUGCUCCAAAGGAGCUCAAGAACAAGAAGAUUUAAGCGCUGACAACAACAACAAUAAGGAUCAAACCAAUCUAAAUGAUAAAUCCUCCAACCAACUUGUUGCUCCUACACCUUGCAAGGCAGAAGAAUACCACGAUCACGAUCCAUCCAACUACUCGUCUCGCAGCGCUAGUAAAAGAGCGUCUAGGUUCCAUUCGCGACAAUCAUCCAGAGUCUCUCAUUACAAUCCUAAUGCCAAUGGGAUUGGCAAGAACAACAACAACAACAAUGGCAGUGUGGGAGACCGAAUGUUCGCCAAUGAGAAAAAGCUCGUCUCGAAAUCAGCUCGACAUCACCAGAGGGGGACGACGAUGGACCUCUCCGGUGGGAGUAACUUCUUCUUCCUGCCUCGUAUGUCUAGAACUUCUAGCAUGCCAUGUGAUGGUGAUGCAGAGAUUGACCCAGGGUGGCCUCAAUGGCUAACCUCGGUCGCUGGUGAUGCUGUUAGAGGUUGGCUGCCGCGACAGGCCAGCUCGUUCGAGAAGCUAGAAAAGAUUGGACAGGGGACUUACAGUACAGUGUACAGGGCGCGAGACCUUCAGACAGGGAAGAUCGUGGCGAUGAAGAAAGUGCGGUUCGUGAACAUGGACCCCGAAAGUGUUCGAUUCAUGGCGAGGGAGAUCAACAUCUUGAGGAAACUUGACCACCCAAAUGUGAUGAGGCUUGAGUGCAUUGUGACCUCCAGGAUGUCGGAGUGCUUGUACCUCGUCUUCGAGUACAUGGAACAUGACCUUACUGGGCUUGCAAUGAGACCCGGUGUAAGGUUCACCGAGCAGCAGAUCAAAUGUUUCAUGCAGCAACUUCUGCGAGGGCUUCAGCAUUGCCAUGACCGUGGCAUUCUGCAUCGUGACAUCAAAGGGUCGAACCUCUUGAUCAACAACGACGGUGUUCUGAAGAUUGGAGAUUUCGGAUUGGCCAACUUCUAUCGUGGUUCGCAGCAGCAGGGUUUGACGAGUAGGGUGGUGACACUGUGGUAUAGGGCACCAGAGCUCUUGCUUGGUGCCACACAGUAUGGAGUUGGGAUAGACCUCUGGAGUGCUGGCUGCAUACUUGCUGAGCUCUUUGCUGGGAAGCACAUCAUGCCUGGAAGAACAGAGGUGGAGCAAAUGCACAAGAUAUUCAAGCUAUGUGGCUCACCAUCAGAAGAGUACUGGCAGAAGACAAAGUUCCCACAUGCAACAACUUUCAAGCCUCAACAGCCUUACAAGCGUUGUGUUGAAGAGACAUUCAUCAAAUUCCCCCCUUCAGCUUUGGCACUUGUAGAUAAGUUGCUGUCCAUCGAGCCGGAAGCUCGAGGAACGGCUGCUUCUGCCCUUGAAAGCCAGUUCUUCAAUACAGAGCCGUUCCCUUGUGCACCUUCAAGCCUACCCAAGUAUCCUCCAAGCAAGGAACUUGAUGCAAAAACCAGAGAAGAGGAAGCAAGAAGACAAAGAGCAGAAGCCAUUAAAAUGAGGGGACCUGAAUCAGGCAAAGGCCAAAGAAACGGCAGAGGUUCAUUACCUGGUGAAGGGCAAGGGAAAGCUACAAACAGCAAUAGCCAUAACUACGAGGAUGAAGCUAAUGGUGGUUACAGGGUUGAGCCUUUAGCAGCAGGAGGAGGGAUGGUGAUGAUCAGGCCAAAUGUUGGUGCUGGUGGUGGCUACACUCACUCAUCUUCCAUGAUCCAUCCCAGUCUUGCCAACAAGAACGAUUUCUCCACCGCGAGCACUGUGAGAAACAGGAACAACAGCAUCAUGACGGAGCUCAGGACACAGAAAUCCUUGGCGCCCCAACAAACAGUCGACAUGACAGUCGCUUGGAGGAAGAACGGUAACAGCAAUGGUGGCUCAUCAUUCAACAUCAAAGACUCUUCAGUGGUGUAUGUGCCUCCAAGGAAGAACAGGCUCCAUUACUCUGGACCUCUGAUGCCUCCAGGAGGCAACAUGGAAGAGCUUCUGAAGGAGCACGAGCGACAAAUCCAACAAGCCAUCAGGAAAGCCAGAUCUAAAGACAACCUUAUCGAUGAGGAUCACAACAGUAGCUGUGGAGGAUGAUGAUCAUGUGCUUGCAUGCAUACUGUAUAUCCAAAGGCAAACACAACAUAGAUGAAGGAAAAAAAACCAGACUUUCAGCCCUUCAGAAAAAGCAAGUAGCCAUAGGAGGAGAGAACAAAAUAGAACCUUAACAGCAACGGUAGUAAGAAGAUUGAUGUAGAAGCUGGCCUUGAAGGACUCUUGUGGGACAAGAAACUAAAUGAUGGUUGAAAUGCUGUUGUCUGGAUGUGGAUAAAUCCAAAAGACGAAAUAAGGAUAUGAAGAUUCCAAUUGACUUGUUUUGGUGUUGUAAAAUUUGUCAGAAGUACAUGAUUAGUGAACUAUUAACUAUUUGAUGAUGAUGACUGAACAGUAGGAUCCACGCUUAGAGUGAUACUUGAUAUAUUAAUAGGACUUUAUUGAUGUGAUCCAUCUGAACAAGGACACCUAUCCAAACCAACCCU